GUAUAUAUCUAUAUCAACGACAUUAUUAUCGCUAGUAAAAAUAUAGAGGAGUACCUUAAGUACAUUAAAAUAGUUCUUAAUAUCUUCAACAAGGUAUAUAUUUAUAUUUCAAUAGAAAAAUCCUUUAUAGCCUACUCGUUAAUAAGAUUUCUUAGCUAUAUAGUCAAUAGCAAAAGAGUAGCUAAGAUAGACGAUAGGAUUGCUAUAUUUAAGAAACUCAAGUUCCCUAAUAUCUUUAAGACCUUAGAACAGUACCUUAGUAUAGCCGAAUAG